AUGUCUUCUCGGUUUUACAUGUCAGAAGUACCAAAAGGCCGCAAGCGUCGAUUCUCUGAGGAUGAAGACAUGAGCGAUGCCCAAUCCCUCCCUUCCCCUCGUUCUUUUGUCGAGAAGCAUCAACGUCGCUACACAGAGCGUCCUAUUGAUAUAAAACGUUGCAAAUCUGGCAUCCAGAAGCAAUCAUCUAAUGCAGCUCUUCUGGCUACAAUGAACAGAGAUAAACUAGUAUCUUUACUACAAGGCUUAUUGGAAGGCCAUCCUGAAUUACGACAAAAUAUCAUGACCUACAUACCCGCGCCGACAAUUGCAUCAGCAACAAGUGUAUUGCAGGACAUGGAAAAACAGAUGGUAGAUAGCUUUCCAUAUAGCCGCCAUGGUCCCAGUAGAGAUGCUUACACUUUCUCACGUGUAAGAGAGCCAAUGGGAGAACUUAUUGACACAGUCACACAGUAUGCGAGCCAUUUCACAUCCGCCAUUGUCUUUCCAACCACUUGUUUUUCGUUUCUUGACCUUGCAACGCACGUAGCACAUCGAUUGCCGGUCUGGGAUAAUGAAGAACACAAUACCAUGCGACGGAAUCUUUAUCGCGAUUUGGCUGGGUUCUGGCUAAAUACAGUCCGUUCAGCAGCAUCUAAACUACAAGAAGGAGAGUCCUAUAGUAGCCACACAGUCAGUGACUGGGCGAAAAGUCUUGCACAACACAAUGGACACACGAAUGGCCUGUUUACAGACGCAGUGCACGAAUUUACCCGGUUGCUCCUUUCUAAUCCUCCUUCUGAGAAGCCUCGCACUUCAUUAUGUCAUCGUCCUGGUCUUGUUGACAAGGAUCUUUCAAGAUUUGGGCCUCAAUCUCCUGUCGUUGGUUAUGCAGAUUAACACACACAUAUAUAUAUGUGUGUGUGUGUCUACGCACAUACUUGGACCAUUUCUCUAGCCACAACUCUUAAGCAUUUCAUACUUUUUCUUUCUUUCUUUUUUCUCUUUAUAUCUAUCUAUCUAUCUAUCUAUCUAUCUAUCUACCCGCCUACCUAUCUGUCUACCAAUCUAUCUAUUUCUCACCGUCACCACCCAUAUAUUAUAUAUAUAUACAAAUUGUUUCUUUCUUACCCACUCAUUCCAUCCCCCUUUCUAACCUUCAACCCUUAACCUUUUACCCUAACCCUAACCAAAAUCCAAAUCCUGAACUUUAACAUCCCUUCUGUUCCUUUCCUUUUCUUUCUUUCUACCUAUCUCAUGCAAUACAUUAGUUUUAAACGACCUGUCAUGAUUAGACAGCAAAUAAAAAAAAUACAAGCAAAAAAAUAAAAAAUAAAAACAAGAACCGC